CGCCCUCGGCUGCGCACGGGGACGUGCCCGUGGCCGAAGAGUCAUGCUGUAGGGUAACUAACACUCGGUGCAAUAUUAAAGGCCAAGGGCCCGUGACAGGUACAAAGUGGAGGACUAGCCGGCAAGUUUCAGUGCUGGGUUGGGUCCCCAUUUUCAGACACCUCCUUUGCGACGCUCCCUGGCGUGAAGCCCGCCCACUGCACGCAUUCACCCGCCACUUCCGCCCUCGCCUCCACCGAGAAAGAUGGCGGAGGAACCGGAGUCUGUUCUUCCCUUUCCUCCCUCAACCGCUGCUGGCGGUGAAGGACUGACAGACGUCUCCCCAGGAACAGUCACUCCGGAGCCUCCUUCUUCCGCUGCAGUAUCCCCUGGGACGGAGGAACCUGCCGGCGACACCAAGAAAAAAAUUGACAUCCUGCUAAAGGCUGUGGGAGACACCCCUAUUAUGAAAACAAAGAAGUGGGCUGUAGAGCGAACCCGAACCAUCCAAGGACUCAUAGACUUCAUCAAAAAGUUCCUUAAACUUGUGGCUUCAGAACAGUUGUUUAUUUACGUGAAUCAGUCUUUUGCUCCUUCCCCAGACCAGGAAGUCGGAACCCUCUAUGAGUGUUUUGGCAGUGAUGGUAAACUGGUCCUACAUUAUUGCAAAUCUCAGGCAUGGGGAUGAACCACAGAAAAAAACAACUUGCUACUUUAAAUGAAUUUUCACAGAGGAACCAGCUCUGAAAAGUUUUGAUGCUUGUGGCAAGAGACUUAACAGAUAUGACUCAUGUAUCUUUUCAUGUAUCUACUGUGACCCAUGUUUAUGCGUAAGCAAACAUCCAUAGAGUGAAUGGACUCACAAAAAUGCGAUUUGUAUUAAUACACAAAUUAUUAUAAAAGAUUGAUGUUAGAGUGCACCCAUUGCUUCUACUUGUUACUACUAUAAUUGCUCCAGAUCUGCCUCCAAGGUUGAAAAGGCAACUAAGACUGCAACUUCAUUAUUGGUUCUCAAAAUUACUGAAGUUGUUUACUUGUAGAAUUAGCACUCUGUUUUUUGUUUUGUUUUUUUUUUUACAGUAAAAGUUAAUUUACUAAAGUUUUCUUCUUUGUUUUCUUUUUUUUAAACUUAUUCAGGAAACUUCAGCUUCUUCCAGAUAAUGAGAUAUUUACAUUUAUAUCUACUGUGUUAGCUUCUUGUAAAACAAAGUCACAUUGACCUACCGUCUGAAUACCUUAUAUAGUCCAAUAGAGGGCAGCCAACCUUGCCGAAAGGGUUUGGCUGUUUGGUUUUACAUCUUUGCCAGGUUUUAUCUUUUGCCUUAGGGGAAAACACUGUUGUUGCAAAUUUCUAGUUGGCAUUCAUCAAGGAGAGCAAGCAUGUUGACAGACUGGAAGACUAUUAGAGAGAAUGUGCAUAGUUUAAGUAUUUUAUUAGCAAGCAGAAAGAAUUUAACAAAUACAGGACAACUGAGUCAUACUGCUCUUUUCAGUCCUAUCACUUAAUGAUUCUUAAAUCCCAAUGGUAUAACUGGUGUUAUUCUGUCACACAGAUGAGUAAACCUGGCAAUAUCUUUGAGUGUUCAUAAUGCAUUUUCCAUCUCAAAAGCACUCAAAGAAUAAUUUAAAAACAACCUUAGGUUUUACAUGUAUUUCAUGCCAUAAGUAAAAGAGUACCAUUUUUACUGAUAUUAUUAGACUGGUAAUCGCUUGAAGUGAGAUUUAACUCUUUCUUUAUUCUGUAUUAUAUUUGUAAUGCCAUAGUUUUAAAAAAGCAUUCCAAUAAAUUGAAUGGAAUGUCCAAACAG